GCUCGGUGCAUGUUCUCAGCCAGUUUCCGUAAACUUUCAGCCCAGAAAAGACUUUCGCAGGAGCAACAUGCGUCUGCUGAUCACCGUCCUCUCCUUGCUGGUCACCUUUUGUCCUGCCGAGGACUCGUGUCCAGCAGAAGUGAAGGUCGUUGGAGUGGGAGAUUCGGACAGACUGGCCAUCCUCAGAGGCUGCCCCGGCGUUCCUGGAUCUCCUGGUGCAAAAGGAUAUAAUGGAGCGGCAGGAGAGAAAGGGCAGAAAGGAUCUACAGGAGAAGUUGGAAAGAUUGGUCCACAAGGACAAAAAGGAGAGAAAGGAGAAUCCGGAAAGCCGGAGUCAGGACUGUACGCUGCCAGGAGCUGUAAGGAGCUGCUGGAUCAUGGAGAAGUGCUCAGUGACUGGUACACAAUAUACCCAGAUGGCAGCGCCCCCCUGAGGGUGUUAUGUGAUAUGCACACAGAUGGAGGGGGCUGGAUUGUUUUCCAAAGACGCUUGGAUGGUUCAGUGGAUUUCUUCCGGGACUGGAAUUCUUAUAAGGAAGGUUUUGGAAGCCGCCUGGCUGAUUUCUGGUUGGGAAAUGAGAAUAUUCACAAGUUAACGUCUUCGGAUACGUGGGAGCUACGCAUCGAUCUAGAAGACUUCGACCGCGCACAAUAUUUUGCCAAAUACUCCUCAUUUCAGAUCCUCGGAGAAGAAGAGAAAUACAAAUUAUUGCUUGGAGGCUUCAAAAAUGGAAAUGCAGGUGACUCCAUGUCCUACCAUAACCUGAUGGGGUUCUCCACGAAGGACGAGGACAAUGACCUGAACAAAGGCGACUGCGCGAGAACCUGCUCCUCCGGCUGGUGGUAUAAGUCCUGCUAUCACGCCAACCUGAACGGCCUGUACCUGGCAGGGGAGCACGGCAGCGGCAAGAUGGCCUUACACUGGUACACGGGCAAAGGACUCUCCUAUUCCUACAAGAGAUCUGAGAUGAAGAUACGGCCUGAGGUAAAGAAGUAAACCAGGCCCGACACCUGCCAUCCACCCAGCCGGGCACAGCGCUGGUUGUCAGGAGUCCACAAGAUUAGGAAAAUCAUAGAUUCUAGUUUUUCUCACCAAAUAUCUCCUUGUUUUAAUAAAUAU